AUGGCGGAAGCACCAAAGGCAGAACCAGUUGCAGAGGCCCCCCCGGCUCCAGCCCAGGAAGCAAAACCGGAGGAGCCGGCUGCUGAGGCCCCUAAAGCGGAGCCGGCCACAGGGGGGAGUACCGAAACAGCCGUAGAGGCACCGAAGACUGAGCAGGCAGUUGCCGAGGCACCAAAGGUUGAGGAGGCAGCCGCAGAGGCGCCCAAGACAGAGGAGCCAGCUGCCGAGGCACCAAAGGUCGAGGAGCCAGCUGCCGAGGCACCAAAGGCUGCGGAGCCAGCCGCAGAGGCGCCCAAGACAGAGGCACCAAAGGCGGAGGAGGCAGCCGCAGAGGCGCCGAACACCGAGGCACCAAAGGCUGAGGAGGCAGCCGCAGAGGCGCCCAAGACUGAGCAGCCAGCUGCCGAGGCACCACGGGUCGAGGAGGCAGCCGCAGAGGCGCCGAACACCGAGGCACCAAAGGCUGAGGAGCAGCCA